CACUAUCUGAAGGAUAAAAAACAAAAGCAAUUACUCAGUCAUUCUCUGUUCCAUUACACAAUACGUUAGUGUUUUCUUCAGAGAAGGUUACAGAGACGCUCCAGGCUAUUCCCAGAGUUUUCAGCGAAAGGACAACCAGUUUCAGACAUUCAGGUAAAAAUGGCUUCUUUUCAGAAUGCAAGAGAGCUUCAGGGUAACCAAGGUGGGGAAGACGAAGUGGAUGUGAUAUCAGUGGAGCCUAUCACCAUGAUAGUGCCAUCGGAGUUGCAGGAUUUGCCUAGAACCAUCACGCUGGAGAGCAGCGCGAGUUCGAGCGCAACUGGUGGUUCUGGUGACCGUCGUUCUUUGACUUCGUCCAAUGAUUCGUCCGCGGAAGAGACACCCAGUGAAGCGGAGGGUAUUGAAGAGGUUGGUUGUAGUGCACUAGCGAUAAGUGUAGAGGCGGAGGUGGUUGUGUUUGAGGGGUGGGAGAGCAAGGUUAUCAGCGGGAGAUUGGAUAACCUUCGCAAGGCCCCCAAAACCCUACUGGCCGGAUUUAGGGUUAGGGCGGCACUGCACCACGAAGUUGCAGAUGGCGCGGCCAUAGUGAAGGGGUAUAAGAAAUUAGAAGAGAUGGUGAGACAAUACCAGAUCCCUAAAACCAUCCCGAUCCGAGUUGGGACACCAAAUGAACGGGCGUGUUCAGUAUCGAGGACAGGCUGGGUGCCAAUGUAUGUAGACCAUUUUGACGCCGAUCUACAUUUUCCUCUGCUCGGACUAAUUUUUGAUGUCCUAGCAGAGUACGAGCUGGCCCUAUCGCAGCUAACUCCCAACAGCAUAAAGUUUAUCAUAGGCUUUAUGCUAUUCUGUGAGAGGUUGGGGAUGCCCAUGAAGGCGGUGGUCUUUAGGUCACUCUUCCUGUGCCGUCUGUGUCCCUUCACCAGCGGAACGAGAUGGAUCAAUAACGAGCUUGCCGCCCGUCUAUCAGAGUGGCGUACACCCAACGCCUAUAUGAAUUACCCACAGUUGACUAUUGGUGAUGUUGACCUGAAGAACCAGUUGCUUGAUCAUGUUAAGGCGAGGGGUUUGGUGGAUUUAGAAGCCUUGGUUACCCCGGAGCAGCUCGCGUUACUUGGGUUUGUCGAUGUAGCAAACCUGCAUGGUGAAGCAUUCUGGAAAGGUAGCGUCAAUGAGCACAAGGCUCGAGGAACCGUGGAGCUGGGUCCAGUUCCCAACAUCAGACUCGUUUUGACAAGCGGCCACCAGCUGCAUCGGGGCGCAGUUCGUCGCACCGAAGAGGACUCAGACGUUGAGGAUGACAUUCCCCUCAUCUGGCAGACGACGAGUACGGGAUCUCAGCCCGCUUCAACCGCUGCAGUGCGGCUUGCUAACGUGCCCUUGGCGCCAGCACGGCAUGCAGAGUUGGUGCCUCAUGCAGAUCGGCAACGUGCUAAGGGGUACGUUCAACAACAUGGAGGUCAUGCUGCUCUACUAAAGCUGAUGGAUGGAGUGCGGGUGCAGAACCGCGAGCUACAACAAAAUUGUAAACAACUAGCCUCUGAGAAAGCCAGUUUGGCUGACGAGGUCAGUCGUUUUCAGAGCUCGGAGAUGGCGAACCGAGCGGCGUCAGCAGAGAGCCGAGCUGACGAGUUGGCCGCAAGCUGCCAAGAAGGAGGCGGUUGUGUAGAAAAUCGGGCCAAGAAGGCAAAGUCUGAUAGGGAGAAGACUCUGCACGAGCUGAACGCCCUGAAAGAAAGGGUUCUGGAAGCUGAUCUGCACGUCGCUUGGGCUGAGGCGUCCUUGGAGAAGACCAAGAGGCACCACCAACGCGAUGUCUGCUUUGCCCAAGCACAAGGGGCUAAGUGGCUGGUUGGAGUAGACAUGUUCCAAGACGCCGUCGCAGUAGCCUCAGCCAACACCACCACAGACAUCUUCAACGAGGUUCGUGGGAAGGUGCUACGACACCGAGCUGACUUCCCGAUUGGUGAGCUGGCCUUCUUCGAGGGUGAGGAGAUUGAUGAAGAAGGGAAGAGCCUCGCCCUUCCAGUUAACACCCGAGUGAGGCUGAAAUGGGAGCUCAAUGAAAAGGGGUUGCCCGUGUGGCCCCCUUCUGUUGUUGAAGAGGGGGAAGACACAGAGGGGUUGCCAAGCUUUGAUGCUUGGGUGGCAAAGCCUUCCAGCACUCCCCCAUCUUCUCAGCCCGCCCCAGCCGCUGCUCUUGCUCUCUCUCCUCCAGAUCGGUCAUCUCCUGCUCGAUCUGUUACUGCGCCCACUGACGCAUCCAUCCCCGUCAACCUGAUGGAUGAUUAGCUUAGGAUUUUCUUUGUUUCUUUUGUAUUAUUUUUUGUAUUUUUGUAUUGGUCAGUGAACCAACUCAUCAUGUAUUUCAAAUGUAAAAAACAUUGAUGAAAAUACAAAUUUGAAUAUUUU